GAGCCUGGAGCUUCGACAUCAAGUUUCUUUUUUUAUCAACAACAAUGGAAUUCUUAAAACUUAAACCAGAUACUCAUCCUCGUCUAACACGUUCUGAUGCUGAAAGGUCCGAAAGUAAAUAUUGGAGAGACUUUAAGAAUCCAGUCUUCGUUAAAUCAUAUGCACCAAUCUCACAUAUCACUUUUUCAUCUAAAUCGCCGCAUAGAUUUUGUAUAAGUUCAGGAACGAAGAUUCAAAUUUAUUCACCCAAAACAUUAAGAGUAGUCAAAACGAUUUCAAGAUUUCAAUUACCAGUUAGAUUUUCAGAUAUCAAAUCAGAUGGAAAACUUAUUGUUUCUUCUGAUGAUUCUGGUUUAAUUCAAGUCUUUGAUUUGAAUUCUCGUGCAAUCUUACGUUCAUUUCAAGAUCAUAAACAACCUGUUCAUGUCGUUAGGUUUUCUCCAAGUUCUUCUUCAAUCUUAACUUGUUCAGAUGAUUCGACCGUACGGCUUUUCGAUUUAGCUACCUCUAAAAUCAUGAGAACUUUUAUGGGUCAUUCAGAUUAUGUUAGAGCGGGUAAUUUUAUGGCACCUAAUUUGGUGAUUUCAGGUGGUUAUGAUGGUAAGAUGAAUUUAUGGGAUGAUAGGAUAAAUGAAAACAAUGGUUUGGUUUGGACUCUUGAUCAUGAAGAACCUAUUGAAAACAUUUUGAUUCAUCCUAGUGGUACAUUAGGUGUUUCAGCUGGUGGACCGGUGGCUAGAGUUUGGGAUCUUUUAGGUGGAAGUGGUAAUAAACAGAAUCUCGUCAGUCUUAGUAAUCAUCAAAAAACAAUCACUAGUUUGAGUUGGGCUAUCGGUCCUUGUAAUGGUGAUGAUGAUCUUCGAAAUCCUACUAGGCGGCUUUUGUCAGGUGGUUUGGAUGGAUUAGUCAAAGUUUAUGAUCUUUCGACUGGGUCUUACAAAGUUCGACAUACCAUUCGAUAUAGCUCUCCAAUCUUAUCGAUGGGUGUUUCUCCUGAUGAUGGAACACUCGUAGUAGGAUGUACAGAUGGUAGUCUAAGUAUUCGAAAACGACAUCAGAAAAAAGUGGAAGCUCUACGUCUUAAAGCUGCUAAGGAAAAACAAUCAUCAAUAGGAAUGACGUUGAGUGGAGCAGCUGGAUCUGAAACUGUAUGGGAUAGACAGGAUACUCAUUUGAUGGAAGAAAUGGCUCGAGCAGGAUUGGAUAUUUGGGAUCGGAUGUUGAAAUCAUUCAGAUAUGGUGAUGCUCUCGAUUCUGUCUUGACUCCUUCAACCCCUCCUAACAUCACCUUUGCUCUAUGUCGGGAACUAAUUCAUCGAGAUGGACUACAUCAAGCUCUUUCCGGAAGAGAUGAAGUUAGCUUAGCUCCAAUCUUACGUUUCUUAACAAAAUAUAUCACCGAUCCUCGAUGGUUUAAUAUUGGAUCUGAUGUAAUGAAAUGUAUCAUGGAACUUUAUGAAUCAGUUUUAGGUAAAUCAGAUAUCAUCGAUAGUUUAUUUAAUAAACUUUGGCAUAGGGUUACAGAUGAAGUUAAAUUACAUUCGAAACUGUUUGAAAUUAAUGGUCAAAUCGAAAUGAUUUUAGCUAAUUUUGAUUGA